CUCACGACAUACCUUCGUGUAGCCCGUCAGCGGGAUUUUCUACUCCUUCUCGUCGAAACUCACUCGUAAUAGUAUUUUCUCGAGUCCUGAGAAAGAGAGAGAGCGAGAGAGAGAGAGAGGAGGUGGUGCCUCGGUUUAAUCGAAUUGCGAGAUCAGAAAGAAGAAACUAUAUAAUAUAUAUUUCUAUUUUAUCAUCGAGUUUUUUUUUACUCGUGCGAUUUAUUAUUAUUAUUGUUGUUGUUAUUAUUGUUGUUGUUGUUGUUGUUGUUGUUCGUUAACAAUUUGAAAUCUUGAAAUUUAUCGCUAUUUUAUUUUGUUACUAUCAUUUACGUUCGUUCGUUCGUUCAUUCGUUGGUACGUUCGUACGUAAGUUAUUUUUUACUUUUCACGAGAUCAUGCUAGUAGUAAUAGUAGUUCGAUCAAAUGACCUAUAACGUAUAAGAGAAAGUGUAAGAAGAAGAAGAAGAAGAAGAAGAAGAAGAAGAAGGUGGAGUUAAUGGUAGUGGUUUGCUUUCUUUCCUUUUUUUAUUUUUACCCCCCCACUCUCGAAGAAUAAUAUUAGACUUUGAAGGGUGUCUUGGAGAGAGAAGAUUCAAUUAUAAGUAAUAUUAAUAAUAAUAAUAAUAGUUAUAUCUAUAUAUAUAUAUAUAUAUAUAUAAACGUUUGAUGAUAGAGUGCAGCGAAAGGACAACACGAACAAUUUCAUUGUUUUCUUUUUUUCUUCUUAAUCUUAUCAAGUAAUAAUUCUCAAAUACAAGAAUAAGAAGAAUAAUAAUAAGAAUUUGAAUCUGCUUCGAAUCUUAUACGUUAAUAUUGGAAUGUAAGUAAAUACAAAAGAAUAAAAAUAAAAAACAAAGAAGGAAGAAGGAAUAGAAAAAAAAAUUAAUUAAUUAAUUAAAUAAAUAAAUAAAUCAAUCAAUCAAGGAAAAGAAAAAAAAGGAAAAGGAAAAGGAAAAAGGUCGCAGUGGGUCAGCCAUUCGUUGCAUGUCUCGUCUAUGUUAACUUAGAGUAUGUACGUGCAAAGUGUAAACCGCACGUAGAGUCGACCCCGGGGUGGUGGGGGGAGGAGGAGGAGGUGGAGGUGGAGGAGAAGGAAGAAGAAGAAGGAGAGAAAGAGAAAGAUAAAGAUAGAGAGAGAAAAAGAAGGCAAAACUCGUCGUUAACCGACACACGAGAAAAGGAUAAAAGAAGUUAGUGAAGGAGGUGUGGAGGUGGUGGAGGAGGAGGAGGUGGUUGUGGUGGAGGUGGAGGUGGUGGAAGUUGGAUUUGCGGAGGAUGGAGACUCUCUUGUUGUAUCUCGUGGCGAUCGCCGGGAUCGUUCGUAAGAGCCAAGGUAGCUUAUUGGGUGUUGGCCUCGACGAAGCUGGGGAAGAGUUCCUCAACGAGUACCUGUCCUUAGACGAAAACAGAUACCUAGCCGAAUUGCAAGAAUUUCAGGACGCAGCUAUCGAGAUCGACCUUAUUGGCAAUAAGAAACAUCGUUUACCUCAUCAGGAACCUAGGGUAUUAUAUCAAAUUGGGGAUAGCGAAGAAGAAUUGCCAGAGUGUUCGGAUCGUAGCGAAGUAUGCAGUAAAGUGGAUCUUUAUGGUGCACCAUGGGUCGAGAGACAAUGUCGUUGUCCAGGUGGCCGUGCUUGUCCUAGUAGCCUUCACGCGGAUGAUGGACACACGAUAGUCGAUAAAACUCGACAAUAUAAAUUAUGCGAACCCGUUAAACGGCUUCCCAUUUGUCGAUAUUUCAAGGAUGUCACGUGGACGUUAGCACCCGGAGGAGGACCAGCUAAUGCAACGGUGCAACGUGUACAUUGCCGAUGUCGUCCCGGUAGUGUACCCUAUCUCGUCCGAAGACAACCCCAUAUCUCUCCCGAGGGGAAUUCCGGAUUCAUAUAUGCUUUUGCCUGUUCGCCACAAAGCAGGCUACGUUGUCAGCACAAGGAACCCUGUAGGUUGUUCACCGUUCGUAAAAGAAGGAGUUCGCAGUUGGAAGAAGUUAAUGCCUCGCCUCUUUGCCAAUGUCCCAGGGGACAUCGUUGUCCAAGACGUCACACGGAUCCUGGAUCAUUGCCGGCAAGAUCUUAUUCUGGCAUAUUGGAGAUCAAAACUUAUAGCGGUUACUGCGUACCUUCUUCGCAUCAUCCUGAACCAGUCUACACAGUUUGAGAAAAAAAGAGAGAGAGAGAAAGAGAGAGAGAGAGAGAAAGAGAGAGAAAGAAAGAGAGAGAGAGAGAGAGAGAGAGAGAGAGAGAGAGAGAGA